AGCUGGCACUGACAUCUCCUGGCCUCCAGCUCUCCUCUUGGGGGCCCACCGCCAUGCAGGACCCGCCCCGGCGGCUCUCGGCCAUGCCCUUCCUCAGCUCCUUCUUACAGGGCCGCCGGCACUCCGCCUCAGACACAGUACUGAGGCUGCCGCAGGGGCAGCACAGCUCCGGCUCCGGCUCCGGCUCCGCCACCAAGAUGCUCUCCUCAUCCUCUCUCCAGGUGAUGCUAGCUGUGUCCUCUCUCAGCUGCGCCAAGAGAAACCCAACUAGCCCCGAGAGAAAAAGCAAUUCAGGACGUCCAACACCAAAGUAUACAAAAGUCGGAGAGCGUUUACGGCAUGUCAUUCCUGGACACAUGGCCUGCUCCAUGGCCUGUGGGGGCAAAGCUUGCAAAUAUGAAAAUCCAGCCCGCUGGAGUGAGCAGGAGCAGGCCAUUAAGGGGAUCUACUCGUCCUGGAUCACUGAUAACAUCCUGGCCAUGGCUCGCCCGUCCACUGAGCUCCUUGAGAAAUACUGCGUCAUCGAGCAGUUUCGGAGCCAUGGCUUAAAAACAGUCAUUAACCUGCAGCGGCCUGGUGAGCAUGCCAGCUGUGGGAACCCUCUGGAACAAGAAAGUGGUUUCACGUACCUUCCUGAGGCUUUCAUGGAGGCUGGCAUUUAUUUCUACAAUUUCGGAUGGAAGGAUUAUGGUGUAGCGUCGCUUACCACCAUCUUAGAUAUGGUGAAGGUGAUGACAUUUGCCUUACAAGAAGGAAAAGUAGCUAUCCAUUGUCAUGCAGGGCUUGGUCGAACAGGUGUUUUAAUAGCUUGUUACUUAGUUUUUGCAACAAGAAUGACUGCUGAUCAAGCCAUUAUAUUUGUUCGGGCAAAGCGUCCCAAUUCCAUUCAGACUCGAGGACAGCUACUGUGUGUGAGGGAAUUUACUCAGUUUCUGAUUCCUCUUCGCAACAUAUUCUCUUGCUGUGACCCCAAAGCACAUGCUGUCACCUUAACACAGUACCUGACUCGCCAGCGGCAUCUACUUCAUGGUUAUGAGGCGCGACUUCUGAAACACGUGCCAAAAAUUAUCCACCUUGUGUGCAAAUUGCUGCUCGACUUAGCUGAGAACAGGCCCAUAGUGACAGAAGUGGUAGAAGCGCCUGGCCUCUCAGCCGAAAUUGAAAAGACUGUUUCGGAGGUGGUCACAAUGCAGCUGGAUAGAGAGUUACUGAGGCACGACAGUGAGGCAUCGGACUCCUUCACUCCCACUGCAGUGGCGGCAGACGUUGAGAAUCAGGAUAUGAUUCUUUCCAGUGAGCAAGAGUUUGACCCUCUGUGGAAGAGACGGAAUGUGGAGUGCCUUCAGCCCCUGACUCACCUGAAAAGGCAACUCAGCUACAGCGACUCAGAUUUACAGAGAGCCGAGUCACUUCUGGAGCAGUCAGGGACCCCGUGGACAGCAUCUGCUCAGAUCUCAUUCUGCCACAUCCCUAGGCAGCGGAUGCCCACAGGCCACUGUGACACCCCACAGACUCCACAGCUGGAUUUCAAUAAGGAAAUGCUGGUCCACAAUACAUUUUCUUUCUGGAAUCCAACUAAAUUUGGAGGGUUAGAACGACUGAAAGAUGACGGGUCACCAAUUUUCCAAAGGAAGAAUAUUCCAAAGGAAGUGCAGCGAAGUAGAACCUUCUCUUCAGGUGUUUCAGGUUCAUCCAACCCUGGGGAACCAGUUACACCCAACGUUGCAGAUAUCCCCAAAAAACCACACUGUUCUCCCCAGCAAGGGACCCCAUGUCAGUGUGAAGUUCAUGGUGGCCGCAGCAGUCCUGUGGACUAUGGCUCCAGCCCCAAAGCACAGUCCUCGGUUGGACCUAAAACACAGAGCAGCAAAGAUGUGCCUGAAGUCGCUCCACACACUGCUCUACAGUCUGAAUUGAGUGUUGAAGAAAGGAGAAUACUGGCAGCCAAAGCCCUGGCAAACUUAAGUGAGUUUGCAGAAAAGGAGGAAGUAAAAAGGAAGGUAGAAAUGUGGCAGAAAACGUUCAGAAGUAUGUACUGUCAAAAGAAAGAGCUAAAUUCCCGAGACGGAGCUUGGGAAAGAAUAUGUGGUGAGAGGGACCCUUUCAUCCUGUGCAGUUUGAUGUGGUCGUGGGUGGAGCAGCUGAAGGAGCCUGUGAUAACCCAAGCGGAUGUGAGCAUGUUGGCUGACAGAUGUGCGGAUACUGCAGACGCACUGUUUCUAUUAGAGAAGGGCCAGCACCAGACUAUUCUUUGCGUGUUGCACUGCCUGGUGAGCCUGCAGCCAGUUCCCAUGGAUGUGGAGGAAGCUGUCCUGGCCCACGCCAUCCGAGCUUUCACCAAGGUUCAUUUUGAUUCUGAAAAUGGACCCAUAGUUUACAACACCCUAAAGAAAAUAUUUAAGCACACACUUGAAGAAAAAAGAAAAAUGACAAAAGACAGCCCUAAGCCUGGUGUUUAGUGCAGCUGACUUUCCCUUCAUUGCGAAUAUUUCAGACCAGAAGACCCAGGCGGCAUUUCUGCUCAUAGAGGAACAAGGUCAAGUGCAGAGCUGCUUCAUCUCCCAGCACUUUGCUUCAUGCUCUUGGUUGUGCUAAGAAUGACUGCUUCUGUUUGGAGCAAUUCUAUAUUUUAAGAUAUCGUUGAGCUACAUUUUUAUGUUGAAAAAUUGCCAUAAAGUUGGUGCCGCUUUAUUUAUUUAACUGAAUUAAUAUUGUUCUUACUAUUUUAAGUAAUGUAUGUUUACAUCCUUAUUCUUUUUGACAUUUUGGAAAAAAAGUUGUAACUCUUCUUUCCAAAACAAUUACCUUGUUGACAGAACUCCUACCAUUUUUACCAAGUAGAUGUCAGGAGUAAAAUCUCAGUGUGUAUCCAUCCCCUGAUGCAUGAUGUAAGGAAGUCACCAAGUGUCUUAAACCAAGUGUUUCUUAUUUCUUAAUAAGAAGGUUGUUGAUACAAUGUUUUUAAAGGAUUUUUUUCAAUUGUUGAAAUCUUUUGUGUGUGUUUUCUUCUUUUUAUAAAUGUGGCAAAGGGUUUCAAAAUAUAUUCUUUUUCAGAGUAGUUUAGUUUUAUUGUUAAAGGAAUGACUGUGAGAUGGUUGGGGUUUUUUUACUUGUAGAAAGUAGACUUGCUCAGGCUUCUCGACAAUGUUGCCAACCUUUGCUGUCACAGGAGACAGGAAUGGUUCUCACACAUCAGCCUUAUUCCCACUCCCUGGGCUGCUGCUGAGUCAAAUAGCAUCUUUACAGAGGAAUUGGGCUCAGUGACGGGCACUGUGGGAAGCUGCUCUGAAGCAGGACCCCACAGAAAGGCCGGCCUCCAGGCACUGCAGCCCUCCCCAGUGCCAUGUCUGUUCAUGCUGACGGUGUGAUAGCGUGAGAUCUGGCCCAUACCUCCCAGUCUGCCAUCCUAUAGACCAAGUUGCCUUUGACUGCCUUUUGACUAGAACAAGUAAGAUUUUUAAAUUGAAUUUGACCCACUUAGGUUAUAUUCGCCCUACUGGCUUUAGAUAAGAACCUAAACUGGUUCCUUGUAGAACCAAACUAUCAAUCAGCUAUUGAAGCCAUAACUAAUAUUCAAAUGAACAGGUGGGGUACCUAGGCCAGGCCAGAGAGGAUCAAAGUUUUUCCCAAUAAAGCUGAUAUUAAUCAAACCAUUUUCAAACUAAAGAAACUACUUAAUCAUAAAGACAGAAUGUCAGGAAAAGCUAAUUAACAACAAAUGAAAUUUCUCUAACUUCUGCCUUUGUGAAUCAAGCUCUAGCACAUUAAAAAUAUUUUAGUCAUUAUCAGUCUUACUAACUCUGCUGGCAUACACUAAAUGCCAUUUCCUCCCACACUGUUUGCAUUUUCUUAGGAAAUCAAAUCCAAUGAGUUUUAAUGAACCGGGUUGUCCAUUCCUGAUAUUUCUCAUUUUCAAGUGCCUGAUUUAGGAAAUUAGGAGAGAAGACAAUUGCAUUUUAUCCAAAGAUAUGUUAUUAAAAUGUUUUGUACCCAAAAAGAUGUCUGUUCUCUUCUCAUUCAGUCUCAUGUGGGCAAGUGGCACCACGGUGUGUCUGAUGGUGUGACCCCCAGUGCACCUCUAAAAUCUACACCCACUCGCAAAGGAGAGCUGGUGGGAGAGUUCAUUAGGCUGUGUACAGUUACUGUAUUUAUUUGAAUAAAAGUGAAAAUAAC